AGCCCCCUUCACCCCCCCCCCACCGGCCCCGCCAGCCGCCUCCCAGAGACCCCCGUGGAGGAAUUUGGGGUGGAAAGCCGCGUUUCCGGCCCCACGGGGGCGGCACAACGGCCUGGAGCUGCUUCCGCCCUGACUCGACUCCACUUCCGGCGCCCGUGAGGCGACUUCCGCCCGGCCCCUCGUGGGAACCCCCCGGGACCCCCCACAUCCUCUCCGGGAUCCCCUAAAACCCUUCCGGGAACACCGAGCAGCUCCUGCAGGAGGGGGAGGGGUUUUGAUGUGGCAGAGCCGGAACUCCUCAGCGCCUGGGCCGAGCACCGAGAGCCGCUGGAACCCCAAAGAAGGCUGAGGGAACCCCGAAAACGGCCGAAAAUCCCCCCAGGACUCCCACAGCUCUGAAGGAACCCUCGAAAUGGGUCUGGGGGCUCUGAAGAAAGCUUAAACUGCAUCGAGGGAACUCUGAGGAGGACAAAAGACCCCCAAAACUGGGAUUUUGGGGGCUCGAAAGGGUCCCUCCAAACACGGACUUGAGGGGCAGUAAAAAGGGGCUCAGGACCCCCCCAGACUGAGAUCUGUGGGGACAGACCCCCCCCCCGGGGCUGGGGGCAAUAAACGGGGCAGGGCAGGUGCCCCCCCCUCCCGCCAGCGAGAUUUGGGGGCACUGAAGUUUUCCUGGCAGGGAUUUGGGGGCGGAAGCGCCAGAUUUGGGCCUCACCCCCCCAAAGUUUCGGGGUGGCCGUGACACUUUCGGCCCCCCCCCCUGCAGAUUUUCCGGAUCCCCCACAGUGGUUUUGGGGUCCCCCGUGGGCGGUUUUGGGGCCCCCCCCCCCCCCCCCGCUGAUUUUGGGGCCCCACCAGGGCGGUUUGGGUGGUUCCGCUUUUGGGGGGAGCCCCCGCCCCCCCUUCACCACAUCCUUUCCCCCCCCACCCCCGCCGGGUUUUCCCAAUAAGGAGGUCACGGGGGAGGGGGGGUAAUUAAUAGCCUGGCACGCUAAUGAGGCAGCAGUUCAUUAAUUAAGAGAGGGAAAAUCAUGGGCGGGGGGGGAUGGACAGGAGCGGGGUCUUGAGAGAGGAAGGGAGCAGGGGCAGCCCCCACCCCCCAAACCCUGCCCCCCUCCCCCGUGGAGCAGCCGGGGCCCCGCCGGGGGUUUUUCCUGUCCGGGGGACGUCUCGGGGGGUCGGUGACGCCCCGUGCGGGGGCCGGGGUGGCCAUAAAGGCUCCGGGGGGGCUGGGCCAGCUCAGAACCGCCAUGGCCGGGCCCCCCCCGCGGCCCCCCCAGCGCUGCCGUGUCCCCAGCGCCGGCGUCGCCGCGCUCGCCCACGUCCUGCUGCUGCUGCUGCUGCUGCUGCUGCCGCCGGCUCCUGGGGCUGCCACCCGCCUGCCCACCCCGGACCCCCUGGAGACGCUGACCCCGGCUGUGCCAGGGGCCCUCCCGGAGCUGCCGCGGGUGACGAGGGGGGACAAACCGGCUGCUCACGUCGUGGCCUCGACGUGGCCGUCCUCGCGGGUUCCCUGGUGUGGGAGGCGAGCGUGGCCCCCGCGCUGGUGCGGAACGGGGUCCGGCUGCGGGGGAACCGGCUCGUGGUGCCCCGGGACGGGCUCUACUUCGUGUACGCCGCCGCCGCCUUCCAGGGCUCGCGCUGCCCGGCCGGGGCGCGGCGCCGGCCGCUCCGCCUGGCCGUUGUCCCGGCUGUCCCCCGAGUACCCGCGGACGUGCCCCUGCUGCGCGCCGCCCGCUCCGUGUGCCGCGGGGGCAGCCCCGGCGGGCUCUGGGUGGAGUCCCUGUACCAGGGCGCCGUGUUCCAGCUGCGCCGCGGGGACCAGCUGGCCGCCACCACCUCGGCCGGACGCUUCCUGGACCUGCACGGUGCCGGGCAGGCCUACUUCGGGGUGCUGGGCGUGGAUUAG